AGCUGACGCGCGCGGAUGAGGCGCCCAUCGCAGUACCGAGGUUCGAAAGCUCCGAGCGCGCGCUCCCCGGUGAAGUCAGCGUGACACGACCGCGGCAGCAUGUGGCUUAACGAAACGCUCCUCGCGCUCAUCUACUCGGUGAAUCUCCUAAGCAGUACUCAAGCUGCGAGAAACUCGCGACGUCCGCACCGGCAUUCCGCGUUUGGCGCUUCUAUGACUGCGACUGGUACCACGACCCUGCCGACGACAACGAUAAUACAGUCUUUGGAUGAGAACAAGUUCGAAUACGACGAAGAUGAAUACGAAAUAUUCCUUACUGAGUGGUACAUGUGGAGGUGUUACCAACCCUUUGGCUGUUUUUACAUAGGAUCUCCAUGGUCCGGUGGUAGUCGACCCGUAUCGACGUUUCCCGUUCGACCCGACAGUAUUAAUCCACAUUUUAUGCUCUACACUCGUCAGCGUAUCGACGAUCCACAUCAACUGAUCAUCGAUGAUCUCAGUACCAUAAGAAAUUCACCUCUCAGGAAACGCGAGAAUUUAUACUUUAUCAUCCAUGGCUACUUGGAUAACGGAAAUAAGACUUGGGUUCUGAGAAUGAUGCGGGAGUUGCUACAGCACGAGGACGCCAACGUCAUUGUGGUGAAUUGGAUCGGCGGGGCUGGACCUCCUUAUACCCAGGCGGUGGCGAAUACGAGGCUCGUCGGGGCAAUGACGGGCAGAUUGGCCUCUCAAUUAAUCCAGAGAGGAAAUAUACUGCCAACCCGAUUACACUGCAUCGGGCAUAGUUUAGGCGCACACACCUGUGGCUACAUCGGAUAUAAUCUGCGUGUGCAGUAUGGCUACAAGCUCAGCAGGAUAUCGGGUCUCGAUCCAGCCGAACCACAUUUUAGCAACACCUCCCCGAUGGUGCGCUUGGAUCCCACGGAUGCGGACUUUGUCACUGCCAUACACACCGACUGCAGUCCAUUCAUCAGUGGCGGACUCGGGAUUAGUCAACCCGUGGCUCAUAUAGAUUUCUACCCCAACGGCGGAAGAAAUCAGCCGGGAUGCAACGAAGGUGUCUUCAAUUCUAUAACGCUGGAGAAGGGCAGUUUAUUUCGAGGAAUAAAACGAUUUCUUGGAUGUAAUCACAUAAGAAGUUAUGAAUACUUCAUAGAAAGUAUAAACACGGCGUGUCCGUUCCUGUCGGUGCCGUGCACCUCGUGGGAGAAAUUUCAAAACGGUAGCUGCUUCGAUUGCGUCGAGCAACAUUGUCCCAGAUUUGGAUUCAAUGCCCAGCCAGGAAAUUAUCACGCUUCAACGUAUCUGAUGACUGGAAGGGAAAAGUCAUUCUGCAAGGCUCAUUAUCGCGUGACGAUUAUCAUCUCGAAGACGAACGAGAGUCUGAGCUACGGUGGCGAGGUCGGGAUGUUCGUAAUACGUGUGAUUGGGCCCAAUGGUAAAACAACCGAGCGGAUGUCACUCAGCGAGCAUUCGAAGUACUACGAGCCCGGAACCAAGCAUACCGUCGUUAUACCCGGCGACGUAGUCGGCAAAGUUGAGGCCGUCGAGAUCACCUGGGAUUAUCAAACUUCCAUGUUCAACCCGCUCACGUGGAGGCUGCUCCAUAAGCCGAAGGCUUACAUCGACUCGCUCACAAUCAAGAGCCUCGAGUUCCAUAACGAGAUCACCGUCUGCCCGGCGAACACAAAGACACUGGUGGCGAAUGAGCCACAGAUGCUGAAAGAGGAGAACUGCCAGUAUAGCGAGCUGAAUUUCGUUGCGACGUGAGCUUAUCGAGCGAGGGGAGAAGAGUGACAUCACUGAAGAGGAUAAUCGCUGGAUCGCCGUGCGACAAUUCGACCAGGAAAAAGAAAAGACCGCGGGGGAGCUUCCGCCGGCGGCUUCGGCACACAAUUUAUUUGCACUCGAUGUCUCGACGACCUUGGAACGGAGCGCCGAGAUAUAAGUUAAAAUAAUGCCGUGUCAGCCCUUAGCAUACUACGCUUAAUUAUAGACGAGCUCUAUAGUGAUCGACAAGGAUUUCGCAAUCGGUGCUCCGAGGCACGAUAGAUGAGCGAAUCUCUGAGAAAUAUUGAAUCGCGAGGUAAGCGGGAAAAUCGGGGAAUUCGCCGACUGGGAGAACCUUAACGUUUAAAAGUCUGCCUUACGCUACACUGCAAUAUUAACCAAAGUAUAGAAUUUUUAUGGUAGAAAUAUUUAUUAUUAAGGUAUAGAUCAUGUAACUUUCACCCGUAGCGACCGAAAUGGAUAGUAUUACUGUGAAUCUGCUUUCUAUUUCGUAACCGGUAACGAGGCGUAAAUCCUAAGAAAAGUAAACGCCAACCCACGUCAAGUAGUUUUAUAGUAUUGUGUAAAAUGAAACGUCACUAAAAAUCGAAGCAGCCCAUAUCGAUCAUACAUCAUAAUUAUAAUGCUUACGCUCCUCUUUAUAUCGCGACGUUAAAGAGAAAUUAAAUGGUCAUUAGCAUGUUAUGGGAUUCACGCUUGCACUCACUUUCUUCACUUUAAUCAAUAAACAAUGUAUGACAACGUAUGGCCUUACGCACAUCGUAAACGUCGUAGUAAAGAACUCUCGGAGUGUCGUAUAUUUGUCCACGCCCAUUCUCGUUUUCUUAAAAAGUAUAAAUUACAAGGUAACUAAGAGCUACGGUCGAUAACGCUUGUUUGCACUUUAGGUGAGUAUAUUGCGCACGUAGCG